AUGUCGAAAACUGAUUCACAACAUUUGCCACAUGGUGAAUUUGUUCCACACGAUCCGGCGAAAAAUGACUUGACUGUAUUUGUCAGUAAUCUGGAUUAUUCAACGACUGAAGAUCAGUUGCGAAAGACAUUUGAAAAGUGUGGUGAAUUAACCUCUGUUCGCCUUGUUCGUGAUUAUGCUGGUCGAUCUAAAGGAUUUGCUUAUAUUGAAUUCAAAGAUAAAGAUUCGGUAACCGCCGCGCUCGCAUUAGAUAGACAACCAGUUGUAAGUGAUGAAUGCUUUGAGAAUAAUGCUUCAUCAAAUCUUGACAAUAAUUUACAAGAUGAAAAAGAUCAAGGAACAACAACAACAACGACGACAACGGUGGCAGAAUCUUCGAAAUCAUCGACACCCUUUAAACGACCAAUGUUUGUAUCGAUCUGUGAUCCAAGUAAAGUGAAAGCCUCUGGAUUCAAGUAUACAGUUGGUAAAAAAGAACCAGGAAUAUUGUUUCUACGAAAUUUAGAUAAAAAUGUAAAAAGUGGAGAUUUAGUGAGAUUAUUUAGAGAGUAUGGACUUGUAAGUAUUUGUCUGGUCACCUGUCCAAAUGGUGUGCCUACAGGUGAUGCGUUUAUUGAAUUUAAAAGUGCUGAUGAUGCCAGUCGAGCGUUGAUUGCUAUCGAUGGUUUACAGUUUGGUAGUAAAGUGCUGUCAGUAGCUAUUAGUGAACCACCUGUCCGCCAGGAUGCAUCUCAAAGCUUUAAACCGCCUACAAUGAAAAGCAAUGAAACAUGUGAAACACCACAAUCAGAUUUUACUGGUGGAUCUUCUGCGUAG